CGACAACAGAGGCGGCGCGCGCCUGCGCGGCGGGCAGUUGGUCCGCGGGCUCGGCUGCCCCACGGCGAGAGCGGUGCCCCCGAGCCUCAGGCUUCCGAGCAGACCUGAAUGGCUGAUCUCCAACUGGGACCUCUGCCAGUGGGUGUUAUGCUCCCACAUAAUCCAAGGGAAGGCCCUGCGCUCCGCUCAACCAAGCAAGACCCCUACCGACAAGCCGGCUCUUCCCAGAGGCCCUCCGUGGUACACCUGAAGGAUUAUCCCCAGCAUAAACUUUUGAGCACCAAAGAGGUGGCCCUGGAUAGUCUCUAUACUCACCCCACAUGGGACGGCAGCAUAAAAAUCCGGAGCUGUUACCAUUCCUAUUUUGCUGGAACCAGCCAGGAAGAUUCUGGAAACAAUCUCCAGGGUCCAGCCAAGGGCUUGGUUUACUCCUCAGAACUUCCACCCUGUUAUCUCAAAGCCAAUCACCAGGACUUCAUCCCCUUUGCGAGGAAGCGAGUUGGGGUGGACAGGGCAUACCCACUGAAACCCGUGUGCCACCGGAAAUCCCACAGUACAGGUGAGGAAUGCAGUGCGAAGGGUCACAGCGUCUCUCUGAGAUCCCUGGAGCCAAGAAGGUUUUCUUGUGGCAGUCUUGGUUCACCCGUGUUUGACCCCUUUCUCGAUGCCAUGCAGAGGGAGGGCAGCAUGGCCAGCCACCAGAGAGCCGAGCAGGUACAGAUCCAACGACUGGAGGCUGUAGGGGCAAGCUUACAGGAGGAAAUCCGAAGAAAAGAAGCCCUCCUGAAGGAAAAGCUGAAGAAGACAGUGGAAGAACUCAGAAGGAUCCAGAAGGAAAGGGAACAGGCCCAGGAAAGCGAGAAGAGAGAGAUACAGAGAAUAACCCUCCCCGGGAGGACGGUCAAAGGUAACAGAACUGCCCUGUAUGGACCCAUCUUCACCCCAGUCUUCUGCUCUGAGGAGAGGAGCAGUAGAGACAGGGGAGAGGGUGACACUUGGGAACGGUCUUGGGAAAAUUCUGGCACAGUCCAGUUCUCAGAUGAUGAACUCCAGAGGCUUAGAAGGGAAAAACUGGUGGCGAACAAUAACAGAAUUCAGGACCAGGGCUCAGGGCCACUGAUGGACACGUUGUUCUUUCAGCCUUCAGAAGCUGCCCCCGGGGCCGGGCAGGGCUCCUUCAGCACCUCCAGCCUGUCUCGGGGUUCCGACUCCUCCAGCUCUGGCUGUUCCACCAGAGAGCCAGAGCUGGGAGAGUGCAUCCACUGUGGGCGCAGAUUUCUCCUGCCCCGGCUGGAGCGACACUCGAACAUCUGCAGCAGGAUGCAGGCUUCAAAGAGGAAAGUGUUUGACUCCUCCAGGGCGCGGGCCAAGGGCACGGAACUGGAGGAGUACUUGAACUGGAAGGGAAGCGCGGCAUUCGUCAAGGCUGAGCCUCCUCCGAAGAGCAACUGGAGACAGAAGCACGAGUCCUUCAUCCGCACCCUGCGCCAGGCCCGGGAGAUCCAGCAGGUCAUCGCCAAAGGCGGCAACCCCUCGGAGCUGCCGCCUAUCCCCCCGGCAGAAAACCCGGACUAUGUCCAGUGUCCUCACUGCAGCCGCCACUUUGCUCCCAAGGUGGCUGAGCGGCACAUCCCCAAGUGUAAGACCAUCAAGAACCGCCCUCCGCCCCCCAGGAAGCACUGCACUUGAGCAGGGAAGGGCAGAGACCGCGAGGGGCGGUGAACUGGGGGUAGAACCAUGGGAGGCACAGCGCAGGGCCAUGACAUUGACACCUCCCAGACCAGGCGGAAAGGGGGUGGGCUUCCUCGGCACCCCUCCGUGGGUUGCGGUGCCUCGUUUCUGCCCGAAGGCACAGUGGAGAUGCCCACCUGGUCUGCUGGGCAGAAAGCGGCCGCACUAAAGCUCUCUCCUCGCAAGCCCGCCUGUGCCACCUUCCUGCCAACGCCCCGGCAUGUGCCCGUGGUUCCUGUGAACUCUUCCUGCUGUGUAGCUUUCCCCAGCGGAGGCCCAGGCUCGCCAGGGAGAAUCUCUUAGAGAGAGAACAAGCUUGGCUCCAAGGUCGGGGGAAGCCACUCUGGACCUCGAGGGAACAGGGGCUGCUGUUGGGCAAAAGCCAGUGUGGCGGGUUCAGGCACACUGGACCCAAGCCUUGGUGUACUGCGUCAUUUUUCUUCCCUUGGGGAGGAGAGGCAGCCUGCAGGCUCAGGGGGAGCAUCAUGGUACCGGGCCCCCAGCGGGCCUGCUGCAGGGGAAGGACAGGCUCCAGCCCUCUGCUCUUGUGGCCCUGGGAGCCUCAUCUUCGGUGGGGCCGUCGUGGUGGGAGGUGCACACUAUGUGCUCUGCCGUGGCUCUUAUGUGUGAUUUCAUAUGUGAAACAAAAAGGCAGAAACGUCAUUCGCAGCCAAUGCGAGCACUCUGCUGCUUCCAAUCAGGAUGAACAGCCGGCUUUUAAAAAGGAGGCAGCAAAAUGACCCGCAACGCAGGACCCGGCAGGGCCACAUGCCCUGCCGAUAGGCCACAGUCAACGCCUAGAUCUGAAAGUGAACUUUGCAGGGACAGGCACCAGGCUGUUUUCAAUUUUCUGUGUACGAUCAUGCCCGGUACAAGAAACCUUUGUCAUCAGACCCUCGAUAAAUGAGAUUUUAGGGAUUUCAGACUUAACAAGAAAGAAUCCUUGACCUGUCCAGUGGGAGAAGGGAUUAAGUAAUGUCCUGCUGGGCUAAUGUCAGCACAGAUAAGAGGAAGCCAGCACCUCGGAAAGGCUGUCUGGGCUGUCAUCCCAGGAGCAUUACUCAAACUUUUUUUGGGGGGGGAAGGAGCACACCCGGCAGUUCUCAGGAAUUACUCUUGGAUCUGUGCUCAGGGAUCACGCAUGGUUGGGCUUGGGGACUACCCAGGGUGUUGGGGUUUGAACCCAGAUUUGUUAUAUAUAAGGCAAAUGCCCUACCUGCUAUAGUAUCUCUCUGGCCCUUCAUACUGUUUAGUUUUAAUAUUGACGAGAAAAAAAUAUCACCCAUCGUAAUCUGGGCAAAGGUGCCUGUGUAGACUUUUAGGGGUAUUUUACUCGGCAACAGAUAGACACUCCUCUGCAUCUUCUAGUGGGUGUCGGAGCUCACAGAUGAGACCAAUUUGAAAUGAGAGUUUAAUGCAUCAGCUGUGAAGAUGCUACGCUGAAAAAAAAAAUAGCGGGUUGAAUUGCUUUGUGUUCUAAAUUGUUGCAAAGGAAAAGAAGGAUCACACAAUGAACUUCUGGUUGAAACCUGGGGCAGAGACUCCAGAUAACCACUCUCUGCAUUCCCUGGACCCAUUUAAUGAGGCAGUGUUUCACACACAAGAUAAAAGCAGGAGAUGGUAAGAAUGCCCUGUGGCUGGGCUGCGAAGUGGACUGCUCUGCCCCCCAGAUGUUUUAUUUGGCUGGCAUAUUUAAAACAGAAUGUGACAUUUAAAAAACUGCAGUAUAAAAAAUGUCUUGAAAACGUGGGAGUUCUAGUAACACUGGGCCAGCAGCUCUGCACAGUACCAGCCAAGUGGGGACCAGAAUCAAUUAUGGGCUGGAGAGAGCAUAGGGGUCAAGGCGGCAUUUGCCUUGCACAGGGCAGACCAGGGUCCAAUCCCUGGUACUGUAUGUGGUUCUCCUGAGCUCUGCUGUGUGUGGCCCCAAAACUAAGAAAAUGAAACAGUGCUGGUUCUGUUCUGACUAGACGGAGUGCUCACAUCCUGGCUGGCCACCUGUAGACUCGGCUGCUUGCCUUUGGCCGUGGUCAGAGGGUAUUCCCCACAGGCACUGGACUUCAGGAAGUCUGAACCAAGACCAAAGAUCAGGGCCCUCAAGGGAGAACAAAUGUGUGCCUGGAGGGGGCAGGAGUCCAUUCCUGUGUUGCCAAAGAGGCCUCAGUGGCAACAUGUUUAAGCCUGGUUUUAUUGGACAUAUCUAUGAGUAUUUUAAAUUUAUCUUCAUCUGGUCUUUGGGAAGAGGUAAGAACCUCUGCGCUAAGAAUUCCAGGAUGGCAGAGAGUAACUGUGUAAAUGCAUGCUGCUGGUAAUGUCCAGGCACCAUGCCACUUUAGGAACUUUAGUACAGAAGCUUUCAACUUCAAAGUUCAAAAGAUUAAGGGUUUGGGGCCCUUGCCUUGCAAGAGGCCAGCUCACGUUUCAUCUCCAGCACCGUAUAUGAUCCUGAGCCAUGCCAGGAGUAAUCCCUAAGGAAAAACAGGAAUAAGCCCUGAGCAUCACUGGGUGGGGCUCUAGAACAAAAUGACCGAAAAUUAAGGGACUGGAAAGAUCUCAUGGUGAGACCCCCAUGGAAAAACAUAUUUCAAAGUGUAUGCAGAUAUGCGGAGAUAAUCUUUCUUCACAGUUGGAUGUUUAAUAAAGCACAGGACGUUUGAGCCAACAUUUAUUUGCUUUUGGUUAUCAACUUAUCACUCGUCACAACUGCGCAGGAGGUAGAGAUGUGUUAGGGUGUUUUUCUCCCCAGUGUUCAUAAUUCUGUGAGGUCUGGUGGUCAGCAUGUUUCCAUAAUCAUUGCAGUCAAUAAAUGAUUUUUUGCUUUGCAGCAGGAAGGAAAGUACUUUAUAGUCCUGACUGUAGUCUACUCUUGUCUGAUAGUACCAUACAUACCUACCUUGGAGGCCCAAGAAAAGGCACUUAAUUGAGUUUACUUACAAUACAUCCUCACUCCAGAGUUGUUCUAAUGUGGAUCUUUCUAAAUAUAUGGCAAGCCAGAGGAAAUGUGAGUUGAAGGCUACUUCUGCUUCAAACUUAGUGGAAUACUUAGCCACUAAGUUUUUGCUUAGUUACCUCUGCUGUUACUCAGGAGACAAGUACAGUUCAGACUCUUUGAGGGAAAAGGUUUAUAAAUACCAGCUGGCAUUAUCACUUGGAAAAGCUCAUGAGACCAAAGAGACAAGUAUAAGAGCGUCUUCCUACCUAUUGUAAUGGCUCCUCCUCCCUCCUCCCUGCCCCGCCCUUCAUUUUAAGCACUGUAUUUUAUAAUUUAUGGGGAAAACUGUAGCAAAACUAAUUGUUAGCAAGAAAAAGAAAUCGAAAAGAAAAGGCAAAGAC